CGUACGAUCACAAUGCCUGAUCGAUCUCCGCUUCUUCCAUUUACCUAACACCCCGCUGGAUUUUAUCUCCACUUCGACACAUACAUGACAUACUCAAUUCCCCGCUACCCUCACGUCUAUCGUCUCAACAACAACCACGGCACGACAUUCGGAACCCACAGCAUCCGAAGCGCCUACAAGACCAUCCAUUUUUCACAUCCCACCUCUUCCCCCGCCCAAUCCAUCGAUCAUCUUUGGAUCUAUACUACCCAUGUGAUCAUCGCUCGGUACAGAUCGUUGGUCGCUAGUCUCGAUCGUCAAUUACAACUCCAACAACAACAGCUUCAGCAGCAGCAACAACAACAACAGGACUCAAACUCGAGAAGACGUACAGAAAGCCAUAACGGAGAGAGGACGGGCCCAGUGGAGAUAAGAAAGGUCAUCACCCGUUUCAAGGGCUUCUUAUCCUCUGAACAGGGGUUUUAUAGGACCGUCAUCUCGGACCUCGUCAGGACUUUCGGGCUCUGUCGGCUGGGCCCCCAUUCAACGUCAUCAGCGAGGGAGUCUGGUAUGGCACGCGGUGGCGGUGGUGAUACGAGCGAGUGGGUUGGCGGGCAUGGAGCAGGGGGAGAAGGGCAACAGAUGAACCGGACCGAAGGGGUCGAGAUCGACGUCAGGGCUUAUCUCGAGGUCGUCGGGAUCGUCAUCCCCGUUGACGAGGUCGAAGCGGAUCCAAACGGCGCUCGAGGUCCGGCGGUGGGUCCGAAGACGAUCACUUUGAGCCACGACGAAGCUCUCAAGAAAGUAGGGCUCGUACAUAAAGCCCUGGUCUGUCUAGGAGACUUGGAGCGGUACAAGGAGCAAUACGGGGUUGAGCGGGAUAGACAGUUUGGGCAGAGCGGGAGACAGGGGCAGGGGCAGGCUCAGGGGCAAGGGAGGGGGAGGGGAAAGGUCGGAGGCAAGGGAGCGGCGGCGGGUGCACCGGAGUCGCAAGCGGAUGAGUUAGGGGAGAGUUAUGUCAAGGCCAAGAGUUAUUAUGAAGUCGCUAGGGGUCUGUUGCCCGAUAACGGGAACCCUUCGAACCAGAUGGCCGUGAUCGCGACGUACGCGCGGGACAUGUUCACCUCGGUGUACCAUUACUACCGCGCGUUGGCGUGUCAACAGCCGUUCCUCACCGCCAGACAGAACUUGGACAAGAUGUUGAGGAAAUGCCUGGCCGAGUGGAGGGCGAGUCGCGGGGACGGCGCGGGGGAGGCGGAGGCAGACCAGGAACGAGGGUUCCCAGAGCUCGACCCGUCCAAUCCGCUCGGCUCGUUGCGAUCGGAAGAGGUCAUCCUCCAGGCCAUCCUGAUCACGGGGGAUCCGACGCCGGCGUUCGAGAACCUGGUUGCGGAUCACGCUGCGCAUCUCGGGAGAUUGUUGGCGGACCGGGCGGUGCCGGCCGAAGUCAUCGUCAAGACGAUCGUCAUGGCCAUCACCUGUCACUGGGAUAUACGAUUGCGGGAAGUGCCCGAAUCGGACGUGAACCAGGACGAGGAUCACGAGGGCGCCGCCCUGUGGUACUUGUUCAAUAUCGCUGGGGUCAUGCUCGACGUUGCCGAUCAAGAGGUCAAGGACGGAUUGGGUCCCGAGCGAUUGGCCGGAUUAGACAACGAGACGGUGGUCGUCGACGAAGUCAUGACGGGGGACGAGGAUGAGCAGUCGCUCACCGCGCUCUACCCGUACAUCACCGCCGUUCUGCGACGACUCUUGCCGGCGCUGAGGAUCUUUUCCAAGUGGCUCAAAGCCAACGCCUCGUUGUUGAGCGAAAAUUCGAUCGCGCAGCAGGAAGAAUUCUGGACCACGUAUGCGUCGUUCUGUCGACACCUCGAGGCCCUGUUUCCCCUAUCACAACUGCCCGAGCUCUCCGACGCGCUCGAAGAGGACUUUGAUAUGCGGGGGUUCUCACCGUUGAAACGAGGCAUGAUGGAACCGCGCAAGGCGACCGAGUCGAACGACCAGAGUGCCCGGGACGCUAAUAUCGGGCACAACGUCAGCGACGUCCAUCCGAACGAGGAACAGCUGAUGCGGAUCUCGGACUUGCUCUGCGAUGGCAAGUUGAUCGCCAACUAUGCGCCCGAAUCGUUCAGACAUAUGGUGCAACCACAAUCUUUUGCUAGCCGAGUCGGGAUGAUAAAUCCGACCGCUCACAACACGUUCUUAGAGGAUCGUCGGCCGACCUUGUCACUUGCCACUUCGCAACCCUUUGGAGCUGGACUUAUGCCUCCCGACGCUCUUUUACGCGAAGAAUCGGAGUUUGGCGACGCCGUAUCGGUUAGCACGGCUACCGAAGACGACCCUGUUAACCUGGCCAUGCGGGCCACUCUGGCAGACGGGUCCAGCUUGGCAGACGACGAUGAACGUCUAAGUCUCGCCGAGGAUGAUGGAGAGGACAACGAAGCUGACGAGGACGAUGACGAAGAAGAAAUCAUCUGGCCGAAACGGCAGAACCGCUUCAGUAAGGACGAACCAGCAGGUCUGACAACCCCAACCAUGGCGGUGCACUCGACCUUUAAUCCAACAAACCAUUCCGUACAGGGGAACAGCCAACCAACCUCGACUCGCGCACACGACUUGUUGCAUUCGUUGAUGACCGGCAGCCCGGUCGUCAGGCCGUCAUCGCAGACCAGCAGUCCCGCACCCAGUAAUCCGGCAGCGUCACCCUUCUCAAACACUGCCUCGCCCUUGCUCUUCGGAGGGGUUGGUUUCUCGAGCGGCGGUUCGAUCUGGACUCGUGGGCUAAACGAACCUGACGGCGAAGUGGAGAGGUCCAGGUCAGGAUCAGGGUUCGCCCGGGCAGGUUCGGUCACUACAGCGCACGGUCUGCAAGGUUGGAGCUCGGGACCGCUGGAAGGUAACAUGGGCCCGUCCUUGAUACCUGGCGGACGACCCACAGCAUUCCCGCCACCGAACGGACAAGGUAAUCGACCGUAUUCACCUUUUGGUUGAUGCCACCGCCGAUCGAUCAACGUCAAUUUCGAAACAAAACCAAUCACUCGGGAUGGGAAACCCAUGAAAUCUAUCACUCUACAGGCCGUGUAUGGUAUAGUAUGGAUACAGUCAGAGGAUACCUGAGCAAAUUCCUGCGUAUCCUGAACAUCGCUACACAGACAGAAAAGUAGCGCCUCUUUGAA